CACGUGCCCUGACUUCGAGGCAAAUGAGCCACUAGUUGAAGCAGUCAACACUCAGCACCAACCGAAGGAUCUAAGCUGCCGUGAACGAGACAAGAAGGCCAGCGACCCCUCUCUGCCCCCCGGGAGAGCGGCGCUGCACCAAGAUAACCCUACCUACGGCUGCGUCUCGUCCAAGGCUCCCUCUGCCCCGUCCAGGUCCGCUGGCAGGGAAGGGGGGUCCACGCGCAAGGUGAGCAGCGUGACCCUCAAGAUCGAGAACGGCCUCUUCGCUACCGUCGGCAAGGAGAGCAAGGGGCGCGCCAGGGACCGUCGACCCCUGGACCCGGCUUUCCCCGACGUCGUGCCGCCGCCUCCUCCAGCUGUCGUCAUUGUCCAGAAGCAAAGCCCCGAGGAUCCCAAAGUGGACGAGGAGGCCGCGGCGGGCUGGAAGAGAGCCACCGUGACCAUGAGUGGGACCUUCCUAGCGCGCUGCGUGAAGAUCGAGGACCUGAGCAGCCGGGACACCGGGGACGACAGCCGGGAGGUGGGACGCCAUCCGCCCGAGCGGCGUGAGAGCGGCCGGUUCCCUUCGGCGGCGCGACUCCUUCGGUCUCUCGGGCGGAACAGAGACGACGAUGGCGGCGGGGCGCGCGCCAGGGACACGUCGGAGCCCCGCCUCUCCCGCUCCAACCCGCACUACCACUCCGAGGGGAAGGGCCUCAAGAAGAAGAACAACUGGGCGUCGGAGCGCGAGCUCAACAACUCGCUGAGCCCCGUGCAGAAGGAGCGCAGCCACAGCUUCUGCGAGAAGGCCGACACCAAGCGGCGCUACUCCUACCACGAGAACAAGGUGCUGCGCGACGAGGCCAGGGCGCGUCUCGACCGCCAUGAGGAGGCCGCCUCCGCGAGCACCAACGCCUCGCCCAAGAGCCAGCUGGACGCCCUGGGCCCAGACCUCACGAAAGACGCCCGUCCAGCCACGCCGCCCACACCCACGCCCACCUCCGUGCAGUCCUCGACCCCUGAUGACACCUCGCACGAGAACAUUUAUGAGAACCUGCCCGCCCACACCAUGAAGGAGGGCGACUUGAAGGGGAGUCAGGAGGCCUCGGAGAGCGGGGCGACGGAGGCGCAGACGAGGCCCAUCGAGAGGGCGGAGAGGGAGCGGCGGUCCGUGAGGAAGCUCACAAAGGACUCCGGCUACGAGACGUCUCCGUACAGCGAAACCGACUACGCGAACAUCGAUCUCUACUCUGACGCCGACGCCACUGCGGAUGGCGACGGCGAUGACAUUACCCUGGCGCCAGAAUCUGAGCUGGCGCCGCCCUCGCCCGCGCCCGACGCCCAAGCACCCGAUCGCCAGCCCGACCACGCCCAUCUGCACACAUCCAGUCAAAUAAGUGGCGGCGGCACCCUUGAUCGCCGAGCCUCGUGGCAGCCUCAGGGGAGCACUUGCGGCGCAGAAGCCUCCCAGGACUCUUCCUCUGGCGAGGCCACUGUCACCGAAGCCAGCAGGGGCGCCUCUCCAUCCUCCUUCAGUUCCUCCUCGCGGGGCGCGUCUUCCGAGUCCACCACCCUCACCAGGUCCUCGGCGGGGCGGGCCUCCUCCAGACGGUCUCCGCUGCCGCGAUACCCGUCGGCAGAGAGCCUCACCUCCUUCGCUGAGUCGCUAGUCAAUCCAGGUGGUGCCAGUUCGUCCUCGUCCUCUCUGGUGCCAGCCAAGAGCACGCCCUCGCUGCACCAGAAUGCCGCCCACGCUCACGCCUUCGCUAGCAGGAACUCAAGUGUGAACGCUGCACUGCACGCCUCCAGGUCAACGCCGAACCUUGACGAUGCCGAGGAUGGCAGCAGUAUGGUGACCAAGAAGUCCUCCAUGUACUCGUACCUUCACGGCACAUCCUCAUCCUCCAGUAAGGGCGGCAUGGGCGGCUCUGGAGUCGUGGGCGGCCGAUAUUGGGACGUGACAAUGGGCGCCGAUGACACUCCAGACCGCGAAGACUACGCUCACCACCUCCGGUCUUCCUCUUACCAGCUCCUGCACUCUCGCCAGCUGUCCGCCCUGAGCUCGGGCUCGGCGGGCUCCUACCACAGUCGGCAGCACUCCAACACAUCCAACUACAGCGAGUCCGAUGACCUGAGUCCUCGCGCUGACGUGGGUCCCGGACACACCCACCAUGCCCACCACCAUGGCAUGGACCGGGCUCGCUUCUUCUCCUACGACAACCUGGGCCCGGAGUCAGCGUCCCACAAGUACCAUGGGUCAUGGAACAUGUCAGAGCCCGACCUGACCCUCGCCCCUCCACCUUACUCCCCGCCCGGGCCGGGCUUUCAGCACUCGUCACCCAUUUCACCCAUUCCGCCCACAUCCGCGCCGCCGCCGCCGCCGCAGACGUCGGUGCGGCAUUCCCCCACUUCAAGCGCCCCUUUGUCCACAGGGCGGCACCCCUCGUCACCUCCGCCGCCUCCGGUGCGCGACGCCUCUAGUCUCAAGUACAUCAAGUACGGCCCCGGCCACGAGAAGUACCCGUCCUGGCCCGUGCCCGCCGCCGCUGCCAACCAAGUCAUGCCGCCGGGACCCCCUGCGCAUGACGCCAACGUGUCCGGCCUGCCUGAGUCGUCCCUCUCCCCAGCGCCGCAGGGCUCCCAUCGCUCCAAGUCAUGGACGGAGCAGUCGGAAUACCCGAAGGAGAAGUCAGGGGGCUACGCCCGCCCGUAUAACAAGAAGCCUUUCAAUCCGUCCUUCCAGAGGCAGCUCAAAACUGUGAUGGAACGAACGGAGAAGCUCCCCAAGGAGGCGCUGCAUAACAACCUCCGGGAAGAUAUGUUUUCCAGCUCAAAUUAUUCCUUCAUGGAUUCCUACUAUAAGCCUUCCAGUGCCUACUACCCGCUGUACGACCGUGACGGCCGGCCCUUAGAUGACAAGGAUUACAGCAUCCCGUCGCCCCCGGAGCGAGACCUCGGCCCCAUGGGCGAGGCCACGCUGGGCCAAGUCACAGCAGCGCAGUUCGAAGAGUAUGCUCGCCGUUACGAAGAGUUUGGCUACGCCGACUUGAUAGGGACGACGCCGCUGUUGGACCAACUCCGCCGGGAGUCGGUGACAUGGGACGGCAGCUCUGAGCGGGACUCCGGCCGUGGAGAGAGCGAGAGUGUGGCAGACAGUGCCCGUUACAGUAAUGGCCGAGAAAGUGUCACCACAGUUGUCACGAACUCUUCGUCGGCGUCAUCGUCAGAAACACUCAAAUGGCAUGGCUCCCUCUCUGAUAUUUCCAUCAUGUCGGGUCACUCCCGAGACCCUCGCGGCGACCACAACAUUGUUCACAGCUCGCGAGUCCAAGCACCACAAAGGCAUAACAGCGAGUCGGUCCUAUACUACGGCGUCGACGGAAGGGGAAAGCCGCCUCACGGGAGACUCGGCCAUGAGUCCAGAGACCAUCGUGACCUCAGAAGGUCCAUCAGAGACACAGAGUCCGGCUACCCUCGGCCCUCGCGCGAAGGGAAGUGGAGUCGAGAAGUAGAGAGAAACAAUGAGAUGAACAACCUGAAGAAAUUCCCAUCCUACUCGUACACACAGCCUUUGUCGCAGAUCACAGAGGCCCCCACGGCAGAGAUGCGGGAAACGCCUCGCUCGCCCACUCGCUCACCUCAGAGCCCCACCAUAGACAUUAGUAAACCGCCGUCCGUGGCUGAGCGCAUUCACGAGUUGGAGCGCCAGUCAAGAAGUACUGCCCCGGAGGGGACGUCGUCACGCUGGCCCCGGGACCAGAGUGGCUCCAGGGAGAGAGGGGAGUCCAGAGAUCUCCGCGAGACCAAGAGGCCACGCGAAGAUUCCACAUCACAGGACACACGGGAAAGUUGUGAUGCGGCGGAAUCUCGACCUUCGAAAGAGCCGAGAGAUCCCAGGGAACAUCGAGAUAACAGGGACCUUAGCAGAGAACACAGGGAGCCCGGCGAGACGAGGGGCCAUCAGCGACGUGGCUCUCGGGACUCGCAGCGAGGAGACAUGCGGCUUGAAUUCUCACGAACAGAGCAGAAAUGUGAAAAUGGUGACACCCUUCGUUCUCCCUCCACCUUGGGACCCUCGGCUUCACGGUCGCCUACACAGAAGGACGCCGACGGAAGACCCUUUGGCCAUGAAAACUUCCAGAAUCUCCUCAAUACCUUCACAGAGGUUGAUCGUAGUGACCGAGUAGAUCGCGUAUUAGAACGGCCCGAGAGAACGAGCAGCAACGUUUCGUACUCGUAUCUGGACCCAGAGAAGAAGCUCAAGGUAUCGGACGCCACACUCAAGAGCAUACAGAAACAGGCGGUCAUGUCGUUCUAUGAGAGACACGCCGGGAAAAGCUCAGGCGGUGCGUCUCUCAGUGAUCUCAGUUCUGCGAGCAGUCAGUCAAGCCUGGUGUCCUCUCCGACGGCGUCCGAGGGAUCACAGGGCAAGUGGAGUGGCGCUUCACACGCUUCAAUGAUCCAGACCGUGAGGACAGACCGGUCUGGGCGCGCUGGCAAGGGACUGGCUCGCUUGGGUCGGGUUCCGGAGGGCGAGAGUGAUGAGCACUCGCUAAAACCACCUCGGCGGCGGUCCAUGAGUGGCCGCGACUCCGGGAGCGAAGGUGGUGCUGACGACCUCUCCAAGGCUGGCUCCUCUCAGAGGUCAUCCCUGGCGUCUGAAACCGCUUCAUCCUCUCGGAGCGAGCAACCUCCAGCGCUUCCACAGAAGCAGUCCCAACAAGUUCAUCAGGAGCCUGUAACUCGGACUUCGGUGACGUCAUCACAAUUGUCCAUCUCCGCCAAUGAGGACGCCAGACAUUCAGAGGAGGCGGAGCCUACGAAAGAUGACGACAGCUCGAGCCGUGCUCCGCCCAGCAGGGGCCUCCUCGAGGGCAUCCUUCCCGCGUCAGACCUUGCCCCCUUCCCGCCCCUUCAGAGCGAGCCGCCCAAGCCGCCCUCCCUGCCCCCUCCCGCCCACGACGAGCCGCCCCCGCGCCCGCCCGAGCGCCCUCCCAAGAAGCCCACGCUGCGCUCGCUGUUCCACGGGCCCAACGCCGACUCCGCCCACGCACACAAUGGCCCAUCGGCCGCCCACGCCAGUGCGGCGCCCUCCGCCCACCCCAACGCCCACGCUGAAAAAAGCAGUAAUGACUCGGAGAUGCGGCGGAUAGAAGAGUCGGCCAAUGAGCUGCGGAAUCUCUCGCCCGCACGCCCAUACUACUACCGUAAGCCCCCGGCUCCUGACCCGCCUAAAUCUCCGGAAGCAACGGCUGCGGCCCCGGCGGCGCCAGCCUCGGCAGCGCCGGCGGCGGCGCCUACACCCAGCUCCCCACGGCCGCCGCGGUCCCCCCGCACAGCCCGCCUCCACACCUCGCCCGCUCACGCCGCCCACUUAGUGGCGCCCACGAGCCCGACGUCCCGCUCCUCCACGCCCGACCUCCCGCCGCCCCCGCCGCCGCCGGUCACAGACGGCGAGGUAGUGCUCAACGAUGACCCCCUUCCGCCCCCGCCCACGCCCUCGGAGGUGGCGUCUGCUCCCACUGAAGCGCCGCCCGUGCCUCCGGAUUCACCCCCGCGAGAGCGCCUCACUGGCACGCCCCCUCCAGUGCCGCGGGAUGCCUCCAAGAACAUCAUCACGCCGCACAAAUUUAAGUACCUUUUGGUUGAUAUGAGAAACAAGGACGUGAACUCUGCGCGGUUCACUCAUCCCGAGUGCGCGCUCACGGUGAUCAUUGUCCUCGACAUGCCCAGCCCGGAGGACGCAUGGCUGAGGACUGGGAAACCGCUUUUGCGCUUUGUCUCUUGA